GUUCCACACUUCUUACCACUUGGUGGCGGUAAUGCUCACCUAUCAUUUUUCGCAACCGACAUAAAAAAUUUCAACGGGAAGAAGAAGAACAACAUGUAGAGGAAGGAGAGAACGAGUUUGUAUAAUUUUGCUUUUAAAUAGCUGCUGAUCGUGAAGACUUUAUAUCGUUUUGCCUGUGUCAUAUCUGUACAGCUGCAAUGCGAGGCAGUCCUCUGCGCUGGGUGUUGUGGGACGUCAAAGACACCCUGCUGAAGGUGCGCGGGUCUGUGGGACUUUUGUAUUCCAAGGAGGCUGAAGAAUGGGGGCUGAGCCUCCAACCUGCAGAGGUCAAUGCUGCUUUCCGGGAGACCUACCGGCGUUAUUCCAGCAGAUACAUGAACUACGGCAUCUCUCAGGGUCUGAACGCACAGACUUGGUGGACAGGAGUCGUGCGAGACACCCUUUCCCAGUGCGGGGUCAAAGACCCUGCCCUGGCAAAUACCAUGGCUACCAAACUUUAUCACGACUUCUGCAAUGCUGAAAAUUGGGAGGUAUUUCCAGACUCUCAAACAGCUCUUGCAAGAUGUUCUUCCCUUGGACUGAAGCUGGGAGUUGUAUCUAAUUUCGACAAUCGCCUUGAAGAGAUUCUACGAAGCUGUGGGCUGCUGUCCCACUUCAGCUUUGUGGUGACAUCAGAGGGGGCCGGUGUGGCGAAGCCCAGUCCAGCAAUCUUUCAUCAGGCCCUCCAAAAAUGUGGCACAUCGGCUGACAGAGUGGCUCACAUCGGGGACCACUAUGAGUACGAUUACCUCGCGUCCCGGUCUGUGGGCAUCCACGGCUUUCUGCUAGACAGAGACAACACACACAAAGACAAAGGGGAUGUCCCUCAGGAGCACCGGAUCGUGUCAUUGGACGAUCUACCUUUACGCCUCCAGGAACAUUUGGCCUGAUGACUCAAACACAAAAUACAUCUAUACAUCUAUUUUGGGAAGGAGUGAAUGUCAUCUAUGUUGUUUGUGAACUUAGAUGCACCAAUGCGACGCACAAUUUAUUUUUUUGCAGCAUAGAAAUAUGAGAGAAGCCAUAUAAGGAUGUAUAUUGUGUUUUCACUGUUACAGUGUUAUUAAACAUCUUUAGAUUUAUUUUAAUGUCUUAAAAAUUGACCAUUGACAUGAGAACAUUACCCUGCAAUAUUUAUUGAAAAUAAAUAUGUGCAUUUUUAUAA